AUGGCCUGUCUGCAAAAAGUUAGAACUUCUCAGGACACGCAGCUGUUGCCGAAACAGGUGGUGACUGAGCAGCAGUCUCUCAUUGUGGUGAAGAGACUUCUGGCCAUCGGCGUCUCUGGGAUCACGUACCUGCGCGGGUUAUUCCCAGAGAAAGCCUAUGGCACCAAAGACGUCGAAGAACAGAAGGUGAUGAUUCUCAGAGAGGAGAAAACGUGUCCUGGUGCUACUCAGAUUGUUCAGUGGAUGCAAGGAUGCUUCGACGCCAUUGAUAAGAAAUAUCUUCGGACAGCCAUUUUGUAUAUUUACACGGACCCAGACAAUCCCCAGAAAGUGACAGAGUUUUACCAGUUCCAAAUCCAGUACACCCAGAACGGACCACAGAUGGACUUCGAGAGCAAGAACAAGGAUAAUGUUUCGUCCAUGGCCUGUGGGAGCACGAGGAAGGCCAGUAUCCUGCUGGUGAGAAAGCUGUACACUCUGAUGCAGAACCUGGGGCCUCUGCCGGACAACGUGUGUCUGAGCAUGAAGCUGUUCUACUACGAAGCAGUGACCCCACACGACUACCAGCCGCCGGGUUUCCGAGAGGCAGACGGUGACAUGAUGGAGUUUGAGCGUGAGCCGGUCAAACUGAACAUGGGCGAAGUCAUGACUCCGUACCACACGCUCAAGCUCAACAUGGCCACAGAGAGGCAGAGGCUGGAGCAGGUGGAGGAGACUGCGACUGUGGAGGAGAAGUGGGUCAUCAGGAUGGAUGAAGAGGAGAAUCACGAGACUGAGGACGUGGAGCAGUCACAGAGCAAAGAGCAGGACGCCACCGAGAUCGAGUUGAGCUGUCAUGAGGAGAUCCACAGCACUGAAGUCACUGAGGUGGACACUCAGGCGGUGAAGAGGAGGUCCAGUGUGGAGGUGGGACUGAGGAGGACCAGGAGUGGCCGGGUCAUCUCCUCCUCCUGCUCCACGGUGUCAAAGAAGAACGACAAACCUCUGUGCACUCCAAAGAGAAAAAUGGAGUUUGAGAUCCUGAACAGUCAGGACACUCCGAGUCUCACUGCUCCCAGGAAGAAGAGGAAGUUCAGCGAGCCCAAAGAGAGAUUCUGA